GUAUUCCUUCCGGGUUGAAGCAGUGAAGGGAGGGAUGAAUAGUGAUGCUGGCUGCCUGUGCGUUCCCCUCCGUGCAUCAGCAGCCACACUCUCCCCUCCUCCCCGCUCUCUCACAUAAGGUCCCGGCCAGCCAGAGGCAGCACGUCCGCCCCGGCAACCGCGAGGGACGGCGCUCAGUCAUCCAGCCAGCCAGCCAGCCGCGCACUCCUUUCCUUCAGCCGUCGUAUCCACCCUACUUAACCCUCAUGGAUGUCCCAGCUCACAUCGGCUGUAGACGUCGGGCCACGGCCGCGUAGAUGUGCUCGUCGGCCUUUACGCUAAGCUCCUUUUUUUUCAUGCCGUAAACGGUUAGUGUUCGACGGCAGUGACACAGAGGAGGCUCGCCCCCCUUAGUCGUUAGCCGUGGAAGCUAACGUAGCUAGCUAACUUUAGCCGCGACACUUGGUACCAUAGCCGGGGGGGAGUUUUGUGGAUAGUCUGGGGCGGACUCGGAGCUGCCGCGUCACUCUGUUAAAUCAAGGAGCAUGUUUGAGUGACACGCAAUCAGAUCUCUGACGCUCUGCCCUCCCUGCUGGUGGAGCCCCCUGUACAUCUGACCAGAGACUCCCCUUUCACCUGGGCAGGAUGCGGAGGUUCGCCUACUGCAAGGUGGUUCUGGCCACCUCUCUGGUCUGGGUGAUGCUGGACAUGUUCAUCCUGCUCUACUUCAGCGAGUGCAACAAGUGCGACGACAAGAAGGAGAGAGGACUUCCUGGUAGAGAAGACUCCCUAGUGAGGCCGCGGGACGGGCCCGGGGAAGGUGGGAAGCCUGUGGUGAUCCCGAAGGAGAACCAGGAGAAAAUGAAGGAGAUGUUUAAGAUCAACCAGUUCAACCUGAUGGCCUCUGAGAUGAUUGCGCUCAAUCGGUCGUUACCCGACGUGCGGCUAGAAGGGUGCAAGAACAAGUUAUACCCUGACAAUCUGCCCAGAACCAGCGUAGUGAUUGUAUUUCACAACGAGGCGUGGAGCACGCUGCUGCGCACCGUCCACUCUGUCAUCGACCGCUCUCCCCACACGCUGUUGGAGGAGAUUGUUCUGGUGGACGAUGCCAGUGAACGAGAUUUCCUAAAGCGGCCGUUGGAGCAAUAUGUCCGGAGGCUGGAGAUUCCUGUCAGGGUGGUGCGGAUGGAUCAAAGGUCCGGACUCAUUCGCGCUCGCCUCAAGGGGGCUUCCAUCUCUACAGGCCAGGUCAUUACCUUUCUGGAUGCUCAUUGCGAAUGCACGACAGGCUGGCUGGAGCCGCUGCUCGCUCGCAUCAAGCAAGACAAGAGAACAGUCGUGUGUCCCAUCAUUGACGUGAUCAGCGACGACACCUUCGAGUACAUGGCGGGGUCAGACAUGACGUACGGAGGCUUCAACUGGAAGCUCAACUUCAGAUGGUACCCGGUGCCCCAGAGAGAAAUGGACCGCCGCAAGGGAGACCGCACACUUCCUGUCAGGACUCCCACGAUGGCGGGCGGCCUGUUCUCCAUCGACAGAGAUUAUUUCCAGGAGAUUGGCACGUAUGACGCAGGCAUGGACAUCUGGGGAGGGGAGAACCUGGAAAUCUCUUUCAGAAUAUGGCAGUGUGGCGGGACCCUCGAAAUCGUCACAUGCUCGCACGUGGGUCACGUGUUCAGAAAGGCCACGCCCUAUACGUUUCCUGGAGGAACGGGGCAGAUCAUCAACAAAAACAACCGACGACUGGCAGAAGUCUGGAUGGACGAAUUCAAGAACUUUUUCUACAUCAUCUCCCCUGGUGUGACCAAAGUGGACUACGGUGACAUCACGUCUCGCUCGGCUCUCAGACAGAAGCUUCAAUGUAAACCUUUCAGUUGGUACUUGGAAAACGUCUAUCCCGACUCCCAGAUUCCUCGCCACUAUUACUCUCUCGGAGAGAUCCGAAAUGUGGAGACCAAUCAGUGCUUGGACAACAUGGCCCGCAAAGAGAACGAGAAGGUCGGCAUUUUCAACUGCCACGGCAUGGGGGGCAACCAGGUUUUCUCCUACACGGCCAAUAAGGAGAUCAGGACGGAUGACUUGUGUCUGGAUGUGUCCAAAUUAAACGGACCCGUCAUGAUGCUCAAGUGUCAUCACCUCAAAGGCAACCAGCUGUGGGAGUACGACCCUGUGAAGCUGAGCCUGGUGCACGUCAACAGCAACCAGUGUUUGGACAAGGCCAGCGAGGAGGACAGUCAGGUUCCCAGCGUCAGAGACUGCACACACUUGCGCUCCCAGCAGUGGCUGCUCCGGAACGUCACACUACCUGAGGUCUUCUGAGCGAACAGGACGCCACCCCCCCCUCCCCACUUCCUGUUUCCCUCCCUCCCUCCCUCCUGAUCAACGGACACACACUCUCACACACAUACAGCGGCCGGCGCACGGGAAGCCAUCACGUUCAGAAAGAAAAUGGGGGGGAAAGGGCUCCAGGGGGGUCCCGUGAGGUGGAUGCGGGAGGACGGCUGGGACGGUACGACCUCUGCCUGCCUUCCAUCACGGCGGGGAGGAGUGUUGGAUGAGAGGAAAGGACUCCGGCUAGGAGGAGACACUGGAUGUUUGACUUUUCUUUGUUUUCGGGAGACUCGGCGAGUGAUUCCCCCCUUUUGUGUGCAAACGUCGUCCACGUGGUCAUCAUGUAACGUUUACUGACUGCCUCUUAUCACAGACUGUGUGCACUUAAUUUGUGUGUGACAUGAAUGUUUGCUUUUCCUUUUUUUUUUUUUUUAAUUUAAUUUUCUAAUGGGUUGUGAAAAUGAACUCUUAAAAGCGUGCCUGUGUUCUCUCCUUGCGAGUGUUUGUCUCCCUCUGGUGUCCGCUCCUUGUCAUUACACCCAGACUGAAGCCUGGUGCAUUUAUGAACGAAUAGCUUGUUUCUGAUGGGCGGGACAUACAAAAAAACGAGAGGACCAAAAGUGACAUAUCAAUUUUUUUAAAUGUCCUGUGUCACUGCCCUUCACACGCGAUUCCACUCGCCUCCAUUCAAGCCACUCCAGUGUGUAAACAAGCUUCUUCCAUUCUAACCAACUCCUCCCCCCGCUACCCGUUUAGGCGCCUGAGCUUGUAGCAUCAACUGACAACAGCUUGUUGGCUUCCAAUUGUUUUUAAAGUUUUUUUUAAAUUAUUAUUAUUUGAGAUUUGUUUUUAAACAAUGCUGCUUUUGAACUCUCCACAGAGCGUGUGAGGCAUUCAGGGACAAAAGAGUGGAGCGUCUUUUAGGACAUAUCUCACUUUAUCAGCUCUCGUCAUAUUUUACUCCGCCCAUAUCCGAUAAGACACCACAUCCAUCAUGUUUUUUUUUGUUUGUUUGUUUUUUUUUUUACGUAUCAAAGCGAUGUGGCCAGCGAGUGUUUCCACACACGACGCAUCAUUUCAAGUGGGAAUGAGAAGAAGAAGUGUUGUUGUGGUUUUGUUUGGAUUGUGUUGGGACAGACGUGUCCGGGUUUCCACUCUGAGAGCAUCCAAGUGUCGUGAAUAAAAGUGAAGGCAUUGACACAACCUGACAAGGUCACAUCCUGUCUCCUCUGUUGCUUCUC